UCUCAGUCAUAUCAGUUCCUCACAACAAUGUGUUGAUCGUUUGUUGUUGUUUUGAUUUUCUGUUUUAAAAGUUGUCGAAUCAACGAAAUCUUUGAAAAAUAUUCCAAGAUGAGCUUUGAUAAAGCAACAUUCAAUUCGAUCUACGAUGACUUACUUUCUAACGAUAAUAAACGAAUUGACAGUGAUAAAAGUGCAGCCGAUCUGCUUCGAUUGGGUUGGCUGUUGGCUCAAUCGUCGAUCGCAUUAAAUCAUUCAGCCGAUGCCACUUGUGCCAUCCAUGAAGAGAAUCUUCAAAAGUUUAUCCUCGAGCAACCGAAUCAAUCGUCAAACACUAAAGGAACGUGUAGGGAUUUCACGCUCAAUGUCAACGAUUUUGAGAAGUAUCUGCAACGUCCGUGUCGCGGUGAAUUUCUGGACUGUGACAGUGACAAAAUUACGCAGGAAGACAUCAAUGAUUUAUUCCCUAAGGCAGAAACACCAGUCGGUUCAAACAAUAAACGACCGUUUCCCGAUACAACACCGUCAAAUGAGCCAGUGAAAAAAUUUGUUUUUCGACAGGGAAAUGCAAAUUCCGUUAAUGCAACACCAGCAACAGCACCACCGCCAUCGCUUCACUCAAUACCUCCGGCAGGCCAUAACAUCAAUUUUAAUCGUCCGCCUAUCGCGCCACAACAAAGUAAUCAAAUAAAUAUUUCCCCGUCGUCGUCCAAUCCACUCUUCGCUUAUGAUAUGCCUAAGAGGCAGAUUCAACAGAAUGCACCUCGCGAAAGGAACUCGUUCGUCACCGGUACAGAAGAAUUGGAACGACAACGAGCAUUGAAGAAUACUGGACAGAAUGCGAACCAGUCAUCCGCACCUCCUUUGUUCGCUUACGGCAAAUCUACGAAAACUUUAGGUACCCGUCGGAACGUAAACAGUAAAUUUGUUCCACCAAUAACACCCGUAAAUGUUGAGCCAUCGUACGAACAAUCUGGAGGUGGCGAUAGCGAGAUGGAUGCGAAAUUGAAAAAUAUUGAUCCAAAGAUGAUCGAAUUCAUUCAGAAUGAAAUUAUGCAUCAGGCGGCGAAUGUCGAUUGGGAUGACAUAGCUGGUCUAGAGUAUGCCAAGCGAACAAUACAGGAAGCGGUGAUCUAUCCACUUCUACGACCAGACAUUUUCAAUGGGCUUCGAGGUCCGCCCAAAGGCAUACUACUAUUCGGUCCACCUGGAACGGGGAAAACGUUGAUUGGACGAUGCAUUGCGUCCAGAUCGAAUUCAACGUUUUUCAGCAUAUCUGCUUCAAGUUUAACAUCGAAAUGGAUAGGUGAUAGCGAGAAGAUGGUUCGAGCCUUAUUCACUGUUGCAGCGGUUAAGCAACCCUCGGUUAUUUUCAUUGACGAAAUUGACUCAUUGUUGUCACAGCGUUCCGAUCAGGAGCACGAGAGUUCAAGACGGAUGAAGACCGAAUUUUUGGUUCAACUCGAUGGUGCUCGAACCAGUGAUGAUGAGCGCGUCCUUAUUGUCGGUGCCACAAAUCGACCGCAAGAGCUCGACGAAGCGGCACGGCGACGAUUGGUGAAACGAUUGUACAUUCCACUGCCGGAAAUCGAUGCCCGAAUCCAAAUAUUAACAUCGCUUUUGAAGAAGGUGUCGCAUCAACUUAACGAAACGGAAAUAACAGAAAUCGGUCGCUUAACCAAUGGAUUUUCCGGAGCCGACAUGAAAACUUUGUGCCAUGAGGCGUUAAUGGAACCGAUGCGAUUGAUUCCAGUGGAAUUGUUAAGAACGAUCGACGCAAAGGAUGUUCCACGGGUCAGUUUUCAGGACUUUACCAAUGCGUUGAAAAGGGUUCGUGCUAGUGUGUCCGCUGAUGAUUUGGAACAGUACGAAAAAUGGGACUCUACGUACGGAUUGGGUGUUGCUUGAAAAUGUUAAAUUGUUCGAAUGAUUGAAAUAAAGAAAAUCUUUUUCGCUGAA